AACAUUGCUUCUUUGUGUGUUGGUGCGCUUGGUGCUCUGAUUGACCGACUUAUACAGUAGUCCCGGACCCUUUUGCCCUUCAAGAGGUUGUGAUUGGUCAAGGGCUAGCCUGUCUGAGCGCAAACCAGAUCCGAUGAGCAACAAGAACGACGACAGCUGAAAUCAACAGAGUAGAAAGACGGCGGUCCCACAGAGACUUGCACAGUUCAGUCAUUCCUUUGAAGGGUGCCUUYGGACAAAACCGUUUGCUGUUCACGCUCAGCGUCGAAAAACUUAGAGAACUCGGUGGUCCAAUCCACUCUCUCAUACUGUCUCAGUGGCUGCUUGAUAGGGAGGGUGUGAUGAGGACUGGCUGGCCCCUCCUUGCUGCAGGGCUGUACWCAGUGCUGUCCCAUGUGGUKCUGGUCCGAGGCUGUCUGGACUCCUGUAAGGAAUGCUCAGGGCUUCAGAAUGACCUGUGUCUGGAGUGCAGAACAGGCUGGACCCUCCAUGACAACACAUGUGUAGACAUAGAUGAGUGUGGCACAGAGCUGGGCCAGUGUCCCCCCAACACCUACUGCUUCAACACAGAGGGCAACUAUCAGUGCAAAGGUCAGUGCUGCUACCAGGGUUCAGAGGUCAGUGCUGCUACCARAGCUCACUUCUUCCUCUUCAACAGCCAAUCAGAAGUUGAUUGGCUGUCGGUCGGAGGCCKAGCAGUUGGUCGGCYUCCGACCGCAAGGCACUACAGAGGGUAGUGCGAACGGCUAGUACA